UUUGGUGACCGGCGGCAGCUCAAGCCCCUCCAUUACUUUUUUUUUCUUCCUUUUCUUUGUGCUCAUGCUUCUCCUGGCCUUGUUCUAGGUGAUUUUCCUUCGGAUUUCCAGCUUUUCCCUGCCAUUGUGGCCUUCAGCUUCCUUUCCAGUCGAGCUUUGUCUCUUCUUUUCCCGUCGAGUUUUGUCUCUUCCUUCGGUUCUUGGUACUCCUGUUCAAGGUUUGCUCGUUGUAGGAUCCGGAGUUUGCAAUUUGGUGGGUGCCUAUUCCAGAUCUGGAUGGUGGUGAUUUUUCCAGAUUGGUGGUCUCAUCCUUUGGUGAAACCAUUCUCUUCUUUCCCUUUCCGACCUCCACUUUGUGUUUGUGUUGCGGGGUGAGUCAUCGGAUCGUAGAGGGUCGGGUCUUCUCCGGCGGUUGUGGUUGGUAAUCGGUGUUCUCCGUGGAGAUUUGUGGCUCC